CUCUCUCUCCUUUACUUUUUCACUGUUCUCUUAAAUAUCUCUAUUGGUGCCCUUCGCAUAUAGGCACUUGGAAAAAGUGGGUUCAGCUCUUAACCCAGAGUAGAAUCCUACACAAAAAGAGUGAAAAAGUAAAGGGGAGAGAGAGAGAGAGAGAGAGAGAGAGAGAGAGAGAGAGAGAGAGAGAGAGAGAGAGAGAGAUGGGGAGAGGGAGAGUGGUCCUGAAGAGGAUAGAGAACAAGAUAAACAGGCAAGUGACAUUCACAAAGAGGAGGAAUGGGCUCUUGAAAAAGGCUUACGAGCUCUCUGUUCUCUGUGAUGCUGAGGUUGCUCUCAUUAUCUUUUCCAAUCAUGGCAAGCUCUAUGAAUUCUGUAGCUCCUCUAGCAUGCUGAAAACGAUAGAAAAGUACCAAAGGUGUAGCUAUGGAUCACUGGAUGCCACCCAAUCUGUCAAAGAGAAUCAGAAUACCUACCAGGAAUAUAUGAGGCUCAAGACAAGAGUUGAUAUCCUACAACAAUCUCAGAGGAACCUGCUUGGGGAAGAUUUGGGGCCAUUGAGCACAAAGGAGCUCGAGCAGCUUGAACACCAACUUGAGAACUCCUUGAAGCAAAUCAGAUCAACCAAGACUCAAGCCAUGCUGGAUCAGCUUGCUGAUCUUCAAAGGAAGGAACAAAUGCUAACGGAAUCUAACAAAGCACUAAGGAGGAAGUUGGAAGAAUUAUCUAACGAAGUUCCGUUUCAAGUGUCAUGGGAAGCUGGAGAACAAGCGAUUCCUUACAACCGCCUUCCUCCCCCGUCGGAAGGAUUUUUCCAGCCCCUGAGGCUACAUUCGACGCUGCAAAAUGGGUACAAUAACCCUAUGGGUACCAACGACGCAAAUAUCACAGCCCCUGCCGAAAAUGUCAAUGGAUACAUUCCUCGCUGGAUGCAGCUCUAAGUAAUCAUCUAUGCAAUUGUUCAUCUGAUCUCUUAAGCAACUUGUAAUAAGACAAUUAAGCUUAAUAAUUCGAUGUUAGUCGUUGUUUAAGGACGACAGUGCGACUGCUUAAUGGUAAUGAAUGACUACAUGGUAUCCUUUAGGGCAUGAGAGGUACUAUGCCUUGUAAUUAUAUGAACUUUAGACAUUAUAUAUGGACGGUGUUAGAAUUAUGGAAGGAAGAAAAAAAUAUAUUAACAAUUAAAGCUUGGGAAA